UUGGGAAAGUACCGUUUGUAUUUGUUUUUCCAAUUUAUUAUUAUUUUAAUUGUUUUAAAGAAAUGUUUUAAUAAAUGUCAUGCCAUGUUUCAAUAUUCAAACAUCAUGGCAAAGAUUACUAAUAGGCUUUUGGCAAUAUAUAAUUGCAAAUUUCCUUAAUAUUCUAACUAAAUUUCAAAAGAAACCAAAAGGGGUUUAAUAAUUAAGUCUGAAUGAAUUAGAAUUUAAUUUUUAAUUACUGUCUGUGUUCAAUUAUGGAAUCUCAAAGACUAUUAACAUCUAAAGAGGAGCAGGCUGAAGAGGAACAAGAUGAUAGUCUCGAAGGUGACUGGUCAGAUAGGUCCAGUUAUAGUACUUAUUCAGACUCGGAUUCAGAUAGUAUAAUUCCUGAUUGGGAACCAUACGUCGAUGACUUUACUGGAGAACUAUUAUAUAUUGACUGCCAUCCAUUUGUAACCCAUAAUCGUUUUCAAAGUAAAACCAGUGAGGAGCCAGAACCGUUUUCUAAGACACAACUUAGAAGAAGCACCAGAGGAAAGUUUUUAAGACUGUUGAGGAGGAGGGAAAGUAAGAGAAUAAAAAAGAACCAAAAACCCAUUGAGGAAGGUGUUGAAAUAAACACUCAGAAAGUAAAAUUUCAAGAUUUUCAGGAAGGGGAAGAAAAAGAAGUAACCUUGGAAAUCGACCGUGAAAAUCGAUAUAAUCUAUCUAGUGACAAAUCAUUGGCGGAAUCUUUGCUAGGAGUUAUUGUCGGUACAUUAUCCGAUGGCCACAGGGUGAUGAUAUCAGGUUUUUCAUAUGAUAGCAAAGCCAAACACGACAGAAAUAUUAAAAUAGGUGAUUGGCUAAAGACAAUUAAUAAUAUAGACGUUCAUGUUAAUAAUUUAGAUGACAUUCUGCAAAAGUUUAUUAAUCAUAAUGAGGUCCUAUUAACUCUGCAAAGGGUCGCUGCCACGGAAGUAACAAAAGAUCCACCGAUAAAUGAACUAAAUUUAGAAUCUGCAUUUGUAAGAGAUCUAUUAAAUUCAAAAGUGGAUGAAAAUGAGUUGGUGCUUCAAAAAAUGAGUGAUUAUCCUGUUGGAUUGGCUUAUAUUAAUAUAGAUAAACUUGAUGAAAAUAAUAAAGCUAAUGAAGACCUGAUCUACUACUACCCUAAGCCAAUACAAAAAAACAUCUUAUGUACCUCAAGAGGAAUGUUUAUUACUUUAAGCCAUCUUCUCCAAGAUAUCACAAACUCGUCGACAAAAGUCAGUUCGAUUUAUUAUAAAGGAAAACUCGCUCAUGUUGUGUACACAAAAAUCGACAAAAAUCUACUAUUGCUUUUACUACCUGACGAAAGAGCUAGUGUAAAAGAAGUUAUUUUAAUGAACUCAGAGCUAAUACGUUUUAUGGAGUUUAGUUUCAAGAAUGUGGACGGCUGUUUUGCUUGGAGGCGCAGCUGUGAACAAAUGGAUAGACAUUUAUUUAGAUAUUUUGCAAGGAUAGUGUGCAAUACAGACUGGGCCACCACAGAUCAGUUUAUGGACUAUCAGUUUGAUCAAGAUAAUAAUAAUCCAAACGAUUGUUUGUUUGAGCAAGUGAUGCCUGUAGUGCCCACUUUAAAGCUACACGAUGACGCCAUUACACAAAUUGACGAUGCUUUAUCAGAGUUGGAAGCUAGUGAUUAUCGGGAAUGGAAUGAAGAUCCGCUGGAUUGUCAGCGGCUUUUCACCAUACUUGGGAGCGCUUUGUUUCACUCUGGAUAUCUUCUACACUCUCACAUGACUCCAGACGAUUUGGUCGACGUCUUCAAUUUCUGUAGGUAUCAAGGAAUAGUGCAUUUGGCAAAAACCGAACCUGUUAAAUCUUUGGUGCUUUGGAGAGAGGUGUUUCCACGGUCUUGUCGUCCCGUUAGUUUGGAAAAUGAUCCAAUGCCAGAAGGAAGACGAUAUUUGCUAUUAGUGGGAACAGGAAAGGAUUUCUUAGCAGUAAUCAUGGAAGCUGGAGGUGCUACAGAACCUCCCGAAGAAAACAUGGGACCAGAUGCAUUUUAUGUGGAAGAAGCCCAGGCUACUUUAGCGCAUGUUCAAGAACUAGGUUUAAGUAUAGUAGCGGAACGAUUUCUGGCCUCCAAUGGAGGAUUUCAGAUAGCUACUCCAUUACCAGUAUUAAAAGGAAAGAAAAGCGACUUUAUUGGUUCUCUAGGGUUUUCAAAACUAAACGCCCCUCAAGCGUCGAACAAAGAGUCAACCUCGAACCCCAAAAAGAAUGAAGUAACAUCGAUUUUAAAAAGGCGGAGCUCUGAGCAAAACGUUUUUAAUCCGGUGCAGGAUGAUGCGUACGAUGCUUACUCAGAAGGUUCUGAGAAUCAGAGCUAUAAUGAGUCUAUGAGUGAAAUUAGCGAUGAAUCUUCUAGUCGAAAUAAGAGGGUUAAAAGCGAUUCCAACGAUGAAGAUUCGGAUUUUGAUGAUUACGCAGAUGGCAGUCAAAUUAGUACAAGCAGUUUUGACUUAACGGAAAUAAGGCAAUCUCUUCUUUCCGACUUAGGAGAAUAUUCUCCCAGUCAAUUAACUUCAGGCAGAUAUAACGUUUUAUAUCAUUUUGUCCAUAUAGACGCCACAGAAGGGAUGUUAGUGACUCCGGUGGAAUUCAAUCAAAAGUCCCCGACAUAUCAGCUGAUUUUAAACAAUUUCCGGCGGUGCUGUCAAAGUAUUCAUGAUGUUUUUAAGAGUACUUUAAAAUUUAAGAGUUUACCUACCCAAGAUAUCGGGAAAUCUUUAAUAAACAAAAGUUUAAUUGCUAUUAAGGAAUAUGGAAUGUUAUUUGAAUGCCCGUUUAGUGAUGGACUUAAGGAUGCUGAUAACAAAAGGGCUAGGACCAGUUACUGGGUUGUUGGACGACUUUUUCACACGCCUCAUCCAAAAGAACUAUAUAUUUGCUACCAAGACGCGGUGCCACAGAAUUUAGUUGAAUUAGCUUUUAAGAUUAACCUUAAUAGUAUCUUAUAGAUUUUAUCUGUGAUUACAAAAUUCACAUAUUCCAUCCAAUUUUUAUAGACGAUUUUUAUAUUUUUUUCAAUGAAACUAAUAAAAAACAAAAAAAUUUGCAACUUUUA